ACCUUAAGAAAUAUUCAACAUCAAUCUUAAGAAAUAUCCAACAUCAACACAUAAAAUAUCCAACAUCCAAAUGUACCUUAAGAAAUAUUCAACAUCAAUCUUAAGAAAUAUCCAACAUCAACACAUAAAAUAUCCAACAUCCAAAUGUACCUUAACAAAUAUCCAACAUCAACCUUAACAAAUAUCCAACAUCAAAACAUAAAAUAUCCACCAUCCAACACACAAACAAACUAGAACUCAACAUCUAAACAACAAUGUUCAACAUUGAACAACUACUCGGCGAAUGGGCGAUACGGUCUCUAUUCCCUAAAGUCAACGUACUUGUCACGAACCCGUUGAACCAAAUCACCAUAGGGGCCCAACCUGUCAAGAUCCUCAUCGGGAGCACGAAGCAAGAGAUCAAUGCCAUCAAUAAUCUGACACGCUCCUCCUCACGAAGUCUAUCUGACUCCUCCUGACGUUUUUUUCGCUCAGAUACUGUAACGUUGCGGUCGAGAACCCUCGAUUUUUCCUUGCCCCUUCUUUCGCUCAUUUUUGCCUGCUAUCAAGAAAAUAAAAUUUGAUUACUUUCACCGGGCUACUGAGAUGGCCAACUAAGACAUUGGAUAAUAUCCAAACAAACAAUGAGCCUAAGCGAUAUUCAAAUUCUCCAAUAACCAACUAACCACAAACCUAUAAUUCUAAGUGAAAUAAGCAGAAAUAUAACAAAAUUUGGUGGCCUGCAACAUAUUUAUCCGGUUUCCAUUUUCCUCUGAUCUCCUUCCUUCCCCUAAACCCUUCCCUAUCUCCCUUGUUCUCAAUUUCAAGUCCGACAAAGCAAAGCAAACGCAAAGUAAGAGAUUUCACCCAAAGAGCACGAUGUCCACAUAGUUCAUUUUAAACUCAAAGCUCCCUCGAAAAACGAGGGCUGUACAUUAUUGGCCUUACUUCACCUUCCUCCUAGAGACAAAAGACAAAAUGAUAUUUAAACUCCCAGCACCAGAAGAUAGCAAAAUUGGUUAUUCUCCAGGGUCAGGGCGGGUCGGAAAACAGGUCGGACCAGGGUCAGGGCGGGUCGGAAAAUGGGUCGGACCAGGGUCAGAGCGGGUCGGAAAACAGGUCGGACUAGGGUCAGGGCGGGUCGGAGACCGGGUCGGACCAGGGUCGGGGCAGGUGGGCUACCUGCCUCCGCCGGAUCCGCGCGGGUGCCCUGCCUGCGUCUACCCCGUCCAAAUCGAACGCCCUGGCUGCGUCUACCCCGGCCAAAUCGAACGCGACUCAACCGAAAGAGAAGGGAGGGAGAGAGAGAUUUACCUCCGGUGGGUCUGAGCAGAAGCAGUGGGUUGCGGCAGUGCUUCGGGUCUACGGCGGGUCUGAGCAGGAGGCUUCUCCUCGACGACAGCGGGUCUUGGUGGUAGAUGGCGAGGGCGGCGGGUCUGAGCAGAAGCAGCGGGUUGCGGCUGGUCCUCGGCGGCGGCUCUGGUUGACGGCGUGGUGGUAGAUGGCGAGGGCGGCGGGUCUUGGUGGUAGAUGAUGGCGAGGGCGGCGGCGGGUAUGUAAGUUUAGGGAACGGCUGCGGCUGUGUUUUGUUGAUUUGGGGGAGAACAGGGUAAGGGAAUGGCAGGGAAGGGUUGGGUGGGUGAAAUUAGGGUUUAGGUUAAAUGAGGGGUAAAAUCGCCCAUGUAUGUAAGUUUAGGGCUAGAAAUUAAAAAAUUUAGGGCUACGAAUAAGAAUUCAGCUUGUUUUGUGGGGAAGUGGAUCGCAUUUCCUAUCAAACUGAAAAUGCUCCGCUUUACCGUCCGGCUGCUACGCGGAGCAACCUCCGCCGCGAUCAGCUGCCCACCCCGCCGCCGCUUCAACACAUUAGCGCCGAUCCCCGCCGCCGGAGCACCCAACAAGGACGCCUACUUUGCUGCAAUCCACCAAAUAACCAACAUCGUCCGCCGCGACAUCUACCCGGAGCGCACACUAAACAAGCUCAAUCUCCCAGUUAACUCCGAGCUUGUCUUCCGCGUCCUCCGCGCCCUCUCCCAUUCCCCGACGGAAUCCAUCCGCUUCUUCACCUGGGCCCGAGGACACUACACCCCGACCUCCAUCGAAGUCGAGGAGCUCAUCAAAACCCUCGCCCGUGGGAAAAGAUAUGCUUCUAUGUGGCGUCUCAUAACUCAGAUGCGAGAUCAGAGCCGGCGGAUGGUAAAUACACCUGAACACGAGAGAGCUUUCUGCGUUUCCGCCGAGACUGUCUGCUUUAUUAUUGAGGAGUAUGGCAAAGGUGGGCUCGCAGACCAGGCAGUUGAAGUGUUCAAUAAGUGCAGCAGCUUGAAUUGUGAUCAGGGUGUUGAGGUUUAUAAUUCUUUGCUUUUCGCCUUGUGUGAAGUCAAGAUGUUUCACGCAGCUUAUGCUCUGAUAAGAAGGAUGGUUAGAAAGGGUUUGGUUCCUAAUAAGCGGACCUAUGCUGUUCUUGUCAAUGGGUGGUGUUCCAGUGGGAAAUUUAAAGAGGCUCAGGAGUUUUUGGAUGAGAUGAGUAAGAAGGGGUUUAACCCUCCUGUGAGAGGGAGGGAUUUGUUGAUUGAAGGUUUGUUGAGUGCAGGGUAUUUGGAGACUGCCAAGGAUAUGGUUAAGAAGAUGAAUAAAGAGGGUUUUGUUCCGGAUGUUAAUACUUUUAAUUCUUUGGUGGAAGCAAUUUGUCAAUCAGGGGAGAUUGAUUUUUGCAUGGAAAUGUAUCAUGGUGUGCGCGAAUUAGGUCUUGUUCCUGAUAUAAAUAGCUAUAAGAUUUUGAUUCCUGCAGUUUCAAAGGUGGGUAGGAUGAAUGAUGCUUUUAAGCUGUUGCAUAGGUCCAUCGAAGAAGGACACAGGCCAUUUCCUAGCCUGUAUGCACCAAUAAUCAAGGGACUUUGCAGGAUAGGGAAAUUUGACGAUGCAUUUUGUUUCUUUGGUGAAAUGAAGGUAAAAGGUCACCCUCCUAAUAGACCAGUCUAUACAAUGUUGAUAACCAUGUGUGGGCGUGGUGGGAGGUCUUUGGAGGCAGCCAAUUAUUUAAUAGAGAUGACUGAGAUGGGGUUGACUCCUAUUUCCAGAUGUUUUGAUUUGGUUGCUGAUGGGUUAAAGAACUGUGGGAAGCAUGAUCUGGCUAAGAGGAUAGAGCAGUUGGAAGUAUCUCUUUCCACGGUGUGAUUGCUGCACGUGGCAGGCAGACUCAGAAAUGUAAGUUGAUGAUUGUGAAGAAUCGGGAUUCCAUCAACAGAUAUCA